AAUAUAAUAUGUUCAGUCGAUAAAACAAACAAGUCCAGCAUCCUUUUAAGGCAUUUUUGGAGUAGUCGAUAAAAAAGAUGCGCAUUCGUCAGGAAUCCGCGGAACCGAUGAUGGACGUCGGAACGGCGCCGAAAGUCGGAGCGGCGCUGUAGCGGCGCUUCACAAAUGGCCGAUGACGCGAGGAAGGCCAAGGUGACAUCGCCGUUCGGCAACGAUUCUACCAUUCACGCGGCGACGAGAUGAUACGCGGCUGCGAGCGUGAGAAUGCGUGAGACCUGCGGCUAAAAUAAUCCCCGCUAUGAUCACGCGAAGCGUCUGGCUCACUGUCGUCUGCCUCCUCUGCUACGGCAUUGUUUCCUGCAAUGGCUCGCCCGUUCUUCUCUUUGCUACACAUAAGGAUAUCAGAAUGGUUAAUGUAUCUCGUACCAACAAGAUUAGUGUUAUCAUCAAGGAUUUGUCAGAAGGAGCGGCGCUGGACUUCUAUUAUGAGCGCGGGCUGAUCUGCUGGUCUGAUAGUGGUUUGGAGAUGAUACAGUGCAUGCGCUACAAUGGCACGCACACUGGUGAAACGAUGACGGUGGUGAACUCCAGUUUGAUAUCACCUGAUGGCCUCGCCUGCGACUGGUAUACAGACAAACUAUACUGGACGGAUGGCGAGAAGAAUCGGAUUGAAGUGACCAGCAUUGAUGGCCUUUACAGAAAAGUGCUCUUCUGGACAGACAUUUAUCAACCGCGCGCGAUUGCCUUGGCACCAAUGCAAGGUCUCCUAUUCUGGACUGAUUGGGGCGACGUGCCCAAAAUUGAACGCGCUGGGAUGGAUGGUGAUCCAACUACGCGCAAAGUUAUUGUCUCUGACGAUAUAUUCUGGCCGAAUGGACUGACAAUUGAUUAUGAGAAUAAGCUUAUUUACUGGGCGGAUGGCAGAUUAUGGUUUAUUGCUGUAAUGGAUUUCAACGGUUAUAACAGGCGCAAAUUAAUCAGCCGCGAUCUGGAUUAUCCUUUCGCCAUAACAUUUUUUGACAAUCGACUCUACUGGACCGACUGGAAGACUUGGUGUAUCCACACGUACGACAUGAACCUGCCGCAGCCACAUGCACGUGAAUUGUUUCACGGCGAAUUUAUACCUGGUGACAUUGAAGUAUGGGGCAAAAGGCAGCCAGGUGGCGAUAAUCCUUGCAGACGAAACAAUGGCAAUUGUUCUCAUCUCUGUCUUCUGAGUUCGGUGGAAUCUGGUUACAGUUGUGCCUGUCCUACGGGUAUUAAGUUAAUCGAUAAUUAUACAUGUGCCAACAGACCGGAAAAGCUAUUGCUAAUCGUCCAGCGAAACGAAAUCUGCCGAAUAUCUUUAGACUCACCUGAUUACACCAACUUUGUGCUGCCACUUACUGGAAUCAAACAUGCAAUCGCGAUUGAUUUUGACCUCGUGGAUGAGAUGUUAUAUUGGACUGACGAGCAGGCGUGUGCUAUUAGGCGCGCCUCUCUCGAUGGGUCGAAUCAGCAGGAUGUGAUUACCUCAGAGAUAAUGAAUCCAGACGGUAUCGCGAUAGAUUGGGUCGCUCGCAAUCUAUAUUGGACAGAUACCGGAACCGAUCGGAUCGAAGUAGCGCGACUAAAUGGUAAGCAUCGGCGAGUAUUAGUGAACGAAGACUUGGUCGAGCCGCGAGCGAUUGCAGUCGCACCCGAGUACGGUUGGAUGUUCUGGACCGACUGGAAUGAGAAACGGCCAAAGAUCGAGCGCAGUAAUCUUGAUGGCAGUGAGCGUAUACUAUUGGUCACCAAGGACAUUGUUUGGCCGAAUGGCAUCGCUCUAGAUCUCGAGCAUAAAAAGAUCUACUGGUGCGACGCAAAGACCGAUAAGAUUGAAGUAUCCAACAUGGAUGGUACCGAUCGGCGUGAGGUCAUCACCGACAAUCUGCCGCAUUUAUUCGGUCUCAGUCUGCUAGGUGAUUAUCUGUAUUGGACUGAUUGGCAGCGACGCAGCAUCGAUCGAGCACACAAGUUCACCGGCAACAAUCGUGAAGCUAUCGUCGAACAGAUGCCCAAUGUGAUGGGAUUGAAGGCCGUGCAUCUUGGCCAUGUAAAUGCCAGUAAUUCACCGUGUGCUCGCGACAACGGUGGAUGUAGCCAUCUUUGUUUCAACAGACCUAAUAACAGAUAUGUCUGCGCCUGCCAGAUGGGUUACGAAUUAACUAAGGAUAAGCAUACGUGUGUUGUGCCAGAUGCCUUUCUACUAUUUUCUAGAAGAGAAAAUCUUGGCCGAAUCAGUAUCGAGAACGUUAAUAAUGAUAAUAUUAUACCUGUUACUGGCAUUAAAGACGCUAGUGCUAUAGAUUUUGAUUUAUCCGAGAAUCGCAUUUACUGGACGGAUAUUAAGCUUAAAUCUAUCACACGUGUUUUCAUAAAUGGAUCAGACAUUGAAAAGGUAGUUGAUCUCGGUCUAGAAUCGCCGGAGGGUAUUGCAUUUGAUUGGAUCGCUCACAAUCUCUACUGGAGCGAUACCACGACACGUAGAAUAGAAAUGAUCAGAUUAGAAGGAGGCAGCAGGAAAGUACUUUUAUGGCAAAAUCUUAUUGAACCUAAGAAUGUAGCUGUGGAUCCUCAGAGAGGUCAUUUAUACUGGGCCGAAUGGGGCAAUAGUGGCAGUAUCGAGAGGGCUUUAUUGGAUGGUACGCAGCGACAAGUGGUCGUUUCGCACAUUGGUCGUGCGAAUGGUUUGACAAUCGAUCAUGUGGGACGCAAAUUAUAUUGGGCUGACAUCUCUUCACCUGCGAUCGUUUAUUACGAUCUAAUAAUGCAACGUAAAAAUACCAUCAUUUCACACCACAUAGUCUAUCCAUUCAGCGUUACGCAGUUCCGAGAUUAUAUUUACUGGGCAGAUUGGAACACAGGAGACAUUGAGAGAGCAGAUAAACUUACCGGGAUGAAUCGCACUAAAAUCCAUACCAAUCUGGCAUCGGUGACGGAUCUGAAGGUGUUUCACGCGUCGCGACAGGCCGGUUCAAACCCGUGCGCGAUCGCGAAUGGUAAUUGCAGCCAUCUCUGCAUCGCCUUGCCAGGUCCAAACGGCAGUGUAUCUGUUACCCACAGAUGCGCUUGUCCCACGCAUUACAAUCUGGCGCGGAACAAUCGGACGUGCGUGCCGCCACGGCAUUUUAUGAUCUAUAGUCUGCGCAACGCGGUUGCACGUUAUCUGCCCGAUCAGACAGAUAAUUGCGCGGAUGUGAUGCUGCGUGUACAAGGUCUGAAGAACGUUCGCGCGAUCGAGUUUGAUCCAGUGACACAAUACGUCUAUUGGAUUGAUGUUCGCACCAUGACGAUCCGUCGCUCUCUGGAGAAUCGAACGCAACAGCAGCAACACAGCAGCACAGUCGUGAUGUCUGUUGGCGCGAACGGGCAUCCCUUUGAUCUUGCCCUGGACCCACUCGGGAGGCUGCUCUUCUGGACAUGUUCGACGAAUGAUGCUCUUAAUGUCACGCGACUGGAUAAUGGCUCGGCGCUUGGGGUGGUAGUAAAAGGUGACGGCGAAAAACCGCGUCACAUAGCGAUUCACUCGCAGCAACGAUUGCUCUUCUGGACGGAUGUGGGUAAAAGACGGGUGAUACGCAGCAUGAUGGACGGCAAGAUGCGCUACGUGAUUGCCGGCGAUUUAUUGGAACAGCCGACCGGUUUGACGGUCGAUAUCGCAACGCACAUCGUUUAUUGGGCAUACGGCAAGCAGAUCGAAUGUUCUCACUUUGAUGGCAGCAAUCGUAGAAUCCUAGUUUCCACCACACAAGGUUCGGCACUACAUUUGGCUAUCCUCUUCGAUUAUCUCUACUGGUAUGAUCGCGAAGCGCAGGUGAUUGAGCGCAUCAACAAGACAUCCGAUGGGAAUAACAAGCGUGGUACACAUAUGACGACAAGUCGUCUAUUCACGGACCUCAUCGCGGUUAAUACGCCUGAAGAUUCACUCAUGGAGACACAUGUUUGCAGUCCAUUUAACGAUUACGGUGGAUGUUCACAUUUUUGCAUUGGUACGUUCACUAUGACAAAUGAGGACGCUAUGACGACAGUCCGUUGUUCGUGUCCGAGAUCCUUGGUUUUAUCCGAUGACGGCCGAACUUGCCGCGCGGCGCCGGUCUGUGGAAAUGAUCACUUUACGUGUGCCGCGCCGAACGCAGCCGUCAGCAAAGACUGUAUACCAGCUACAUGGAAGUGUGAUGGCCAAACCGAUUGUUCAGAUGGCAGCGAUGAACUGGGAUGUCCCACGUGCUCCCGCGAGCAAUAUAAAUGUCAGAAUCAUUGUAUCGAAUUAUCUUCAGUAUGCGAUGGAACUCCUCAAUGUCCGGAUGGCUCGGACGAGGCGCAAUGCUGCCAAGCCGGACAAUUUCAGUGUGUUGGAAACGGUGUCUGUAUCUCUGGGGCGGCAGUAUGUGAUGGCUGGGAUGACUGCGCCGACGGCAGUGAUGAAUUACCGCCAGCUUGCCUCAGUCCACAGCACCACCAGAACGCAGGACCAGGAAUCAAUGAGUCCAGUAAAACGACAUACGUCAUUAUCAUUAUGGUAGUGCUGCUCGUAGUAAUUGCGAUUAUUUUCAGCUAUUACUACUGCCGUAAAAGACUUACUGGAAACGAGGGUUUACCUGAUAUAUUGCAUGAUUCGGCGGGAGAUCCACUAUCACCGAAACCAAAUAAUAAUCGUAUGGUAAAACCGAUGUUUGUUUCGCAAAAAACUAACAGGAAGGAUGGAGGUAGUGGAAGCGCAGGUUUUAAGACCGGAAUGGAAGCUGUAAGAAUGUCCAUGUUGAACGGAAGUAGUCUUGGUUCUAGUUAUGACCGCAGUCAUAUCACAGGUGCGUCGAGUUCUACCAGAGGAAGUUCAGCAGGUGGAUAUCCUCAAGAGACUCUGAAUCCGCCGCCGAGUCCGGCAACGAUCGUCAGUUCGACACGUUGUUCAAGCAGCAAUGCGUCGCGUUAUAAACCAUAUCGGCAUUACAGGAGCAUCAAUCAACCACCACCACCGACUCCGUGCAGCACGGAUGUCUGCGAUGAAUCAGAUAGUAAUUAUCCAGCGCGCUAUCGUUACGAGAGCGAACCGUUUCCGCCGCCGCCCACUCCACGUUCCGUUUAUCAUAGCGAUGCAGCGAUCAGUUGCCCACCGUCUCCGAGUUCUAGAUCGUCUACAUAUUUUAGUCCCCUGCCGCCACCGCCGUCGCCGGUGCCUUGAGAAAAGUUUAAAAACAGAUGAUGCUCUAAUGCUUCUACUUUUGUAUUUAUCUUAUUUCAGCAUUCCUUUUAUCUUCAUUUUCGUCGCCGAUAAACUAUAAUUGCUAAAUUGACCAUCAGGUGAUACACAGUAAUCGAAAAUUCAACAACUAAUUCUUGUAGAACGAGAGAAAAUAUGACAAAAUAUCAUUUUAUCAUAUAACGAAUUCAAGUGGAUAUUUAUUAGUACGUAUUGGUGCAUAUUAAAGACUUGGUGCAUACUGAUUUACAUAAAUGUAAUAAUAUAUAAUAAGUUGAAUUCAGAUAUUCAGUAUAAUUCAUUAUAUUAUUAGAAUGCAUUAGACAUUCUUUACAAAGCGCUUAUUUAUGUUUCACAUCUAUGUAUAUUUACAUCUAAAUAGAUUAGUGUACAUACAUAUUAGGUUAUAUAUACUAUGAUAGAUAUACAGAAUAAUCUUUAAUCUGCACCAAAUAAUUAAACGAAUUCGUUUUUUUAUUGAUAUUUUAUAAUACAUUUAUACUACUAUAACAAUUUCGUUAGAAAUAUUUCAAACUCAAUGUGUUCCAUAUAAAAGAUUAAAGUAAAUUGUAUAGAUAGAAUAUACUAUCUGGAGCAAAAUCUUCUCUCCGAGGAGGUAUUUUUUAUUUCUUUUGUCAUUUCGUAUUACGUAUUAUAAAAAUACAAAACUUCUUUCGUAUUGUUGAGUUUUUGUCUUGGCAAAAUUAUAGAUAAUUCGGGAAAGAAGUAUUUUAUGAUACGUUGCGAUUAACUCAAAUUAAUGAGUUCUUUUGUAAUUCUAACCCAUUAAUGGCCAUUUUUGUUAUAAAACUUCUUAACGGAAAAAAA